GAGCAGCCGUGCCGACAGCAGAAGCAAGGGCGCUGGCAAGUCUGUUGGUGGCUUCUCAGGGCGAUUUCUUUGUGGGCGGGCUCAGGUCGCACUGGGGAAGGCUGGUCAACGAGUUGCGCUCCACUAAUGGCCGCCUCUUUAAUGUUUUUGUCGCCAUGGAUGACGAUGAAUGGUGA